AUGUAUCGCGGUUCAGUUCCAGGGCAUAGUUUCAUCAACCGUGAUCGAGAGGGUGCUCACGCUAGAUUGAGAUUCUGGAUGUCUCGUCCAUUGUUCCUUCGCAUUGUGGACGCAGUUAAGGAACAUGAUGACUGCUUCAUGCAACGAUCAGAUGGAACCAGAAGGCUUAGACUAUCAUCUCUUCAAAAGCCAAAACUAGAGCAAAAUAAAAAAUUGAAAUAUGCAUUUAGCCAAAAACAAGAGCAAAAUAAAAAAUUGAAAAGAAUCAAACAACGGUGGUCAAAUUUUCAGGAAAGAAUAAAACUCGAAACUUCUCGUCUAUACAAACAAGCAGGGGUCAGUCCUCUAGCAGGAUGUUUGCCAACCUUGGCUACAAUACCAGUCUGGAUAGGUUUAUAUCAAGCUCUUUCAAAUGUAGCAAAUGAGGGAUUGCUGAGUGAAGGGUUCUUUUGGAUUCCUUCUUUGGGAGGACCCACAACAAUAGCUGCUCGGCAAAGCGGAGCAGGAAUUUCCUGGCUGUUUCCAUUUGUGGACGGACAUCCACCACUUGGUUGGCAAGACACUGCAGCUUACCUUGUUUUACCUGUUCUUCUUGUUGCAUCACAGUACGUCUCCAUGGAAAUAAUGAAGCCUCCUCAAACAGAUGAUCCAAAUCAAAAGAACACACUUCUUGUAUUAAAGUUUCUUCCCCUCAUGAUUGGCUACUUUUUGUUAUCUGUUCCAUCUGGAUUGUCAAUAUACUGGUUCACAAAUAAUGUGCUUAGCACAGCACAACAAGUAUGGCUACGGAAAUUGGGAGGAGCGAAGCCUGUUGUGGGUGAGAAUGCCAGUGGGAUAAUCAGUGCAGGACGUGCAAAACGGUCAGGUGCUCAGCAGGAACGAACGGGCGAAAGAUUCAAGCAGCUUAAAGAGGCAGAGAAGAAGCAAAAGCCUAGUGCUCUGCCUGCAGAUGAUGUCUUGGCAUCAGAUCCAGCUGAUCGUGACUCUGAAGAUGAAUCUGACAAUGAGGAUACUGAACCGAAGGAUAAGGAAGUUCUUGAAGAGGCAUAUGCAUCUAGUAGUGCAAAAACAGUUCCUUCAGGACCUAGGAGAAGUAAGCGAUCAAAGCGAAAGCGUGCGGUAUGAUCCUAUAAAUUUUGCAGUUACAAUGAAUUUUGUAUAUUGUUUGAAAUUUCAAAUUGAAAUAUAGUGGCCAUUUUCUUUCCAGUGAAUAGUUUAAGGUCCACGAUAUCAUUAAUGUCAUAUUUUGUUAGGUUGAGAUUGGUUAUUGCCUGUAAUGUGAACUGGUCAUUCAGCCUUCAAGUGUAUAAGUCGUGCAUAUCAGAAGUUAUAGCUUACAGCUGCAAAAAAUCAUGAAUAGUAUUUCAUUUCCUUAUC